AUUUAAUAUUUCUUACAUCAUUAUGAUGUCAUCCGAGUCGACCCCCGAAUCGUCCCGAGUUGAUCUCCGAGUCACUCGACCCCUGACCACUGCUGAGUCGAGCUCCGGUCCGAGUCUGACAACACUGGUUUACAUUCGUCCAAAAAGUGAUUUGUGGUAAAUGGAUCAUGAAAUGAACCAAUGAGAAUACUAAUACUUUACUUUACUUUUUGCCUGAUUUGAAACUAAACCGCGCCUAAACUCUGCUUUAACCGCACCCCCCGCCCCCCACUACAUAAAGCCACAUUUCCCAUUUCUUCUUCAGUUUUCUCUGUUCACUUUUCCAUCUUCAUUUCUUCAUUUCUCUGAGAAUUGCUUUUUACAAUAUCAUCAAUAAAAACAGUCAACCCACACAUUUUUCUUAAUCAGAGUUUCAUAAUUCCAAGCUCUUUUGUUUUUUUUUUUGCUAAUUUGUCCCAUACCUUUUCUCAAUUUUUGGCGGGACAAUCUCAAUAGUACUAUUAUUGACUCGGCUCUUUUUCUCUGACAAAAAAAAUGUCAGAAAUUUCUGGUCAUUAUCAGAAUGAGAAUUGUAAUGGCGAAAUGGGUUCGGAGCAGCUGCCGAGGAUGACGCCAUCUAAGGUGAAGAAGCAGUAUGGCACACAAUCAAGUUUAUCAAGGGCUGGUUCUGAAGUUGAUGAGUUCAUUACUCUUCUUCAUGGCUCUGAUCCUGUUCGGAUUGAACUCAACCGCCUUGAAAACGAACUCCGAGAUAAGGAGCGGGAGCUUGGAGAUGCACAUGCAGAGAUCAAGGCCCUGAAGUAUACUGAACGCCUAAAAGAGAAAGCUGUUGAGGAGCUAGCAGAGAAUUUGAAGAAAGCGGAGGAGAAACUAAAAGCUACUGAAGCUCAUGUGGAAACUAAGAACUUAGAGAUAAAGAAGAUUGAUGAAGAUAAAAAAGCAGCUGUAGCUGCCCAGUUUGCUGCUGAAUCUAGCCUACGACGAGUCCAUGCAGCUCAAAAAGAUGAUGAAAUUCCUCCUAUUGAGGCGAUCAUCGCACCUUUGGAGGCUGAAUUAAAGUUGGCCAGGAUAGAGGUUAUAAAGCUACAGGAUGACAAUAGGGCACUGGAUCGACUAACUAAAUCAAAAGAGGCUGCUCUCCUUGAGGCUGAGCGUGCUGUUCAAGUAGCAUUGGCCAAAGCUUCCUUGGUUGAUGAACUUCAGAACAGGAACCAAGAUUUAAUGAAACAAGUAGAGAUAUGUCAGGAAGAGAACAGAAUAUUGGACAAGAUGCAUAGGCAAAAAGUUGCUGAGGUUGAAAAAUUAACACAAACUAUUCAUGAACUUGAGGAGGCUGUUUUAGUUGGUGGUGCUGCUGCCAAUGCAGUUCGUGAUUACCAACGGAAAGUGCAAGAAAUGAAUGAAGAGAAGAGGACGGUGGACCGGGAGCUUGCUCGUGCAAAGAUUUCAGCUAAUCGGGUUGCUGUUGUUGUUGCUAACGACUGGAAAGAUGCAAAUGACAAAGUAAUGCCUGUAAAGCAGUGGCUUGAAGAAAGAAGAAUUUUUCAGGGAGAAAUCCAACAGCUUAAAGACAAACUCACAAUUGCUGAGCGGGCCGCAAAAGCAGAAGCACAAUUGAAAGAGAAGUUUCAACUGCGAUUUAAAGUUUUGGAAGGGAGACUUAGAUCUUCGUCACAAGGGGGAAACAAGUGUGAUGGAACUUCCCAAUGCCAUUCUUUAGGAGGAGACAAUUUGUCGAGACCCAUGGCCAAUGGUAUUUCAUCAAAAACUGCAAGAAUCCAGUCUAAGUCAUAUCGGACAAAUGGUUCUUCUGCAAUAUUGGAGAAGUUGAAUAAGUCAUCUUCAAUACUCAACAGCCGAAGCAGAUCUCUAGAUGGAGAAAACAUAAGAACCUAUGAAAAUGAAUUUAGCAAUUCUGAUAAUGAGGCCCUUAACAACCAAACACUAACUGCAAGUGUCUGUGGCGGCGAUAAUUUAAAUGCUACUGAUACCAUAAAGCUGGGAAACGAAGAUUAUGUAUCAGGAAUGUUGUAUGACAUGCUGCAGAAAGAGGUUAUAACCCUGAGGAAAGCUUGUCAAGGCAAAGAUCAUAGCCUUAAGGAAAAGGACGAAGCAAUUGAGGUUUGACACAGUCCUUAUACACCGACCUAAAGUGUCAGUUUUCUCUCUCUUAAACGUAUCUGACUGAUUGAUUUUUGGGUGUGACAAAAUUUAGAUACUGGGAAAGAAGGUUGAAACACUAAACAAAGCUAUGGAAGUUGAGUCCAAAAAGAUGCGUCGAGAAGUAGCUGCCUUGGAAAAGGAAAUUGCAGCUAUGUAUAUGGGGAAGGAUCAAGAUCAAAGGCUGCGGCGCACUAGUUCUGCAAGGGGAGCUGUAAAUGGCAUUCAUGCGUCGAUAUUAAGGUCAGGCCUCAACUCUUUCCUAUGAGAUUAGUGCUAUUGUUGCUUCAUGCAUGUCAAGCAUCUCAAAUGAUUCAAGCCUUUUUAAGGUUUCUUCAUACCUUCUAAUUUACCUCAGUGCUUUGAGAUAUCCAAACUACAGGUUUAGUGGGCGAAAAGCUAACUGUCGAAUUUAUAGUUCAAUGUUUGUUUAUUCGAUAAGUUUUGCAGGUCUUUGGACAUAAUUAAACUGAUUGUCAUUAUUUAUAUAUCGACCAAUCCAUUAGUCAUUCUAAAGUUCACCAUGUCAACUACUUUUCUAUCACACAUUUUACCAUUUCCUGAUAAUGUAACUUGCUGAACACAAAUCAUUUACACAGAGCUGAAAUGAGAUUAAUUCUGUCUUUUAUCUGUCAUACAUCAAUCCCUUUGAAAAAACACUGAAGUCCUGUGGUUAAUCAUUUGUAACCUUUGCUGGUUUCCAUCUUUUCAUGAUUUAGAAGACGGAUGUAUUUAACAUGAACAAAUUGUCUGGUAGAAAUCUCAUUUCAAGUUUUACUAUCUUUCUCCAUUGAUUUUGGAAAAUUUUUCAGGAGUGGCCAGCACUAAUGCUUUCAAGUUUCAAGGAACAUUCAUAACAAAACCCCUCAAUCUGGAACAAAGUCUCUGGUAUACAAUGCUGCAACCGAUUGUUUCAUUUGAUCUUCAAACCUGAAUAGUUCCAGCCUAAAUUGGAAAAGAAACGGUGAUGUUUGUCUGUCUUGACAUGGCUUAAUUUCCAAAAGAUACAGGCAUCCUUAUACUGUUUAAGUUACACAUCAUACAUUUGAUUAGAAUUUGUUUUGAUAGACUUCGGAAAUAAUGUUAUAUCAGUUGUACUCAAAUUUCUAUGUAUAUUAGGACAAAAAGUAGUUUGACAUGUAAAUUGUUAGUUCUUAUAUAGUAGACCAUGGUUUAUAAUCUGUUUGCUUAUACGCGCGGCUGGAGGAAAAAUAGGAGAGGGAAAAUAGAAAAUUAGUUUUAGGGAGUAAAAAUAGGGAUUUUUGUGUUUAAUUUUGAUAUAUAUAAUUCAAACUAGGCUAUGGACCCGUGUGACUGCACGGGUUUGCUUUUGAAAUUUUACUUUUUUGUUCAUAUCUAAUGAAUGUUGAAUGGAGGGGAAUGAAAUUUAACUGUGAU